UUGAACCAUUACCCGUGUUUAUGCCGUCCGUGCAUGUUUCCCUCCUGCGGAUGAGGAGCUUGUUGUUCCCUCGGCCUUCUUCUCCUCCUCCUGUCUGCUUCGCUUUGUGGGCAGUUCUCCGUCUCGGUUUUCACUCUUGAUUAUAAAGGAGGAGUUUGCAGCGCAGAGGCGAUCAUACUCCAACCCGCGACUGGCUGUGUGAUUCGGGACUCAAGGCUCACUGGUUGUUGAUUUGCGCAAAAGGACAAGCUGAUCAAACUGGCAUCAUGGUUCUAACGGGCUGCACGAAAUGCAUAAAAUAUAUGUUAUUUUUCUUUAAUUUUAUUUUCUGGCUGGCCGGAGGUGUGAUCUUAGGAGUGGCCCUGUGGCUCCGCCAUGACAGUCAAACCAGCAACCUCCUCAUUCUCCAGUUCGAGGGCCAGCAGGCACCCGGCACCUUCUACAUCAGUGUGUACAUCCUGAUAGCAGUCGGGGCUGUGAUGAUGCUCGUCGGCUUCCUCGGUUGCUACGGUGCCAUUCAAGAGUCUCAGUGCCUGUUGGGAACAUUCUUCUUCUUCCUGGUGAUCCUCUUCGCUUGUGAAGUGGCUGCAGCGAUGUGGGGUUUCAUGAACAAGGACACCAUUUCCAAAGAACUGACCAACUUCUACGACUCGGCCUACAUCAAAGCCGUGGACGUCUCGGGGUCUCCCAGCAAAGACUCUGCCAUCAAGGUGCUGGAUGUGUUCCACACAACGCUCGACUGCUGCGGCAAAGGGGACGACACGGCUCUCUUCAAACAAGUCGCCGGCACCUUGUGUCCCAGGAAGUCUCCUGAGGAUUUUCUUAAAUCUCAGAGCUGUCACAGCAAACUGAUCGAGCUGUUCUCGGAGAAGCUCUACCUGAUUGGUCUGGCCGCUUUGGUGGUCGCCGUCAUCAUGAUCUUCGAGAUGAUCUUCACCAUGGUGCUCUGCUGUGGCAUCCGUAACAACCCUGGAGUGUACUAGGACCAACAAACUACGUCAGAUUUUGGGAUUUUUCAUUAUUUUUUUCUUUUCAUCGGCUCCUCUUCCUUAUGAUUUUAACAAAACAAGAUGGAUAUCUUUUCUUUUUUACUUUCUUUACUUUCUUUUACUUUUUUUUACUUUCUUGUUCUUGAUAUUGCUAAUCCAUAAACUCCUUCUCCUUACACAAUGAUUUAGACAUUCUUUAUUUAUCACACAACAAUUCACAUGAAUCUUUAAUACAUUUGAUAUGUUGUGAAAUAUUUAUCUGAGGUCCUAUUUUUUUUGAAUGGAUGUAUAAAUUGUAUAUAUACUUGUCAUAUGUUAAUAACACUUAGGAGAGCGCAUGUAUUCCCUGAUUGGUUGUCUGUGAUGCAUCUUGCUGCAGCGUUAGUGUUAAUCAUAAUUUAAUUAGCAGGGUGUUGGUAGUCUACGGCAAUGUUGUUAUUGUAAUCAUCAGGAGGUCAGUCAGCGCGUGUUUGUGCCAAUGGACCAUCUCCAUGCUUUAUUUCCUUUAUUAACUUGUGACACCCAUCUUUAAAUAAACAGUUAUGUCUUCUUACUAAACCAGUUGUUUUAUUAAAACUGAUAAAUGAUG